UGCCAAUUUAAAUCUGUGUUUUGAAUAUGUAUAUCUCACCACGCAUUCAAAUUGCUUUGAUUUUACGUAUUGAAACAGUGACCCAAAAUGAUAUCGCCAGCUUUGUCAUGUCGUCGUUCGUAGUGGUUCAAGUGAUGCAGUAUUAUAGGCCAACUUGACAGGAACAGAAUGCGCGUCUUGCCGGUACUCGCGCUCUGCGCCUUGUUGGCAGCCGUCUCCACCGUGGAUGGCCGAGACUCUGGCGUACUAGUUGUGUCUGGGCUUUACGCCGACGAAUUCCAGUCCAGUUCGUCCAAUCAUUAUUACGUCGGCAGCGAUAACACUGCAAUUGAAUCGUCUGAUGUUGUGGAGCUGGCUCGGCGCAAGCUGCUCUCUCAUGCUGACCAACCAGUACAUCACCACACCUUCCGAGGGAGCAGCCAUCCCUCGAACAAGGAAUUCGUCCCGUUGGUUGCCGCUGCAUCCCGCGUGGCAGCCCCGUACGUCGUCCGCGCGGCGGCGCCGAUGGCUCGCGCGGUGGUUCAGCGGGCCAUGGGACCCCGCGGCGUCCAGCUCGGUCGAGCCAUGCUGCGGAACACGCCCAAGGCACUCAACGCCGUCAACAAGGUGGCUGCGUCCGUCCAUCGAGGCGCAAAUGCCGUGUCUGGCGUGUCCGACUCGGUUGCGCGCGUCAACGCCAAGGUCAGCGCCGUCGCCAACCGGUAUGCCGGGGACUCGGGUGUCGUGGGGCGGCUGGCUCGAGGCGUGCAGGAUGGAUCUCAUACUGUACGCGAAUACAACUCCCAUGUGGGCAGCGCAGCCAAGGCCGUCAGAAAGUACGCAGGCCACGUCCAAGGCGCGACCAGAGUGCUGGGCAGAGGCGCGAUCAACCUCAAGAGUGCGUUUGGAGUGAAGAGUGAUGGUCGCAUAACCAAUCCACAGGUUAAAGUGACCCAAUCCAAGCGUGGAGUGACCAAUACAGGACCGAAGAAGACGUCUCGUAAGAAGUCGGCCACGACAGACGCUAACAGGUUGUCAAUUGGAGCAAAGAAGUCAGCAGUUAAGAAGACGCUUGGUGGAGCCAAGAAGACGUCCACUCGCGCGAAGAAGACGUCUCUUACGACGUCGGCUACUAGAGCUAACCAGCCCACGAAAUCUGCCAAGUCGAGUGGAACAGCGCUAUCUGUCGCUACUUCCAAGUCUGGAGCACUAUCGAAGCUAGUUCACAUCAGGUCCAAGCUUGGAAAGUCGGUGCAAAACGGACUUGAAACUGUGAAACGAGGCUCAGAGGCAGUCCAGCGGGGAGCUCAGAAAGUGACAGAUGUGGUCUCGGGGGUGGCUAGAGUCAGCUCCACAGUGGGCCGCGUCAACGCCCAGGUCGCCCGCGCUGCUUCGAAGCUGACCGAUGGCCCGGGGAUGGUUGGCAAGGCAGCGAGGGGUGUGAAAAGUGGCACUGAAGUGAUCGGUCGAGUGAAUGGCAGGGUUGGGAAGGCAGCCAAGACGGUCAGCAGCGCUGCUUCACAGGUGAAACGUGCCAGCUCCAAAGUCAGCAAGGUGGCGGGUGGGUUGAGUAAAGCCAUUGGCGGUAAGCCGGCUCCAGCUAAGCGUGCACCUACUGUGGCUAAGCGUGCACCUACUGUGGCUAAGCGUGCACCUACUGCGGCUAAGCGUGUACCUACCAAUCGAGCGGUCUCGCGCUCCACACCUCGCAGCGGUGGUCGUCGUGGAAAGCUGUAAUGAGCCGGUCUUGGUUUAUUGCUUUCAAUGACGAGAAUGUAUGUCACCUUGUUUGAGUGAGUGCAGAAUAGUACACUGACAUUGUGAACUCGUUUUCAAUUACUGUAAUUAACUGAAAGCUACUCUAAACACUAACAAUAACUUUAAUCCAAUACCAAUGCAAAUUCGAU